AUGCCAGGCCCCAAGGCGAGCCCACUCAAUAUACAACCACGAGAUCUGUUGUUAUCCUUCUGCUCUCUCCUCCCAGGGGAAGCAAGCGAACACGAAAGUGACUUGAUCACGAAGGAUGCCAUGCUUGACACCAACUUCAUUCGACUCCUGGUGUUCUCCAUUGCGAAUGGAUUCGCUGGUCUAGGCGAUGUACCUAUCACGAGCAUCCUCAGGUUCCUCACCAGAUAUGGAAAUACCGAUACGCUCUUUGGGCAAGUCCUGGGUGCAAGUCCGAACCACGUUGCAAAAUCACUCGCGGAGAACCUCUUCAAAGUCGCCAUCGAAGCACGUCAGGCACAAGUAGUCAAGUACCUGCUUGACUCUGAGCUACUUCAAGUCAAUGAUCUGGUUUGCGAAGCCUAUGGGCAAAAGUUGACGGCAGUGGAGCGCGCGGCACAACUGCAAGAUUACAAGACUACAAAAGUCCUCCUGGAUUCACAUGCCGACGUGCAAAAGUCAUACGCAUCAAAUCCGAAAGAAAGUGGACCUCUGAACUGUCUGAUCAACAGGAUUAUCCCGGGAGAAACGAUUCCGCCUGAUAUCAUGGCUCUGGUCGAAAUUUUGCUGGGAGCUGGUGCCAGAAUUGAUCUGAGUAUGCUGGAGCGAGGUGUCGGACAUGUACGCAGCCCAAUUUUGGCUGCGUGUCUCAUCUCUCACUUCUUGGAAUCACACGAGACAUGUGCUGUCCAAGAUGGCAUGCUACCCGUCAUAGCUCUCGCGCUAGAAGAGGAACAGGCGUAUGAUGCAACAGAGCAGACGAUAGGAGCAUGUCAACGUCUUCACCAUAAUGAAUGUCUCCAGACGCCCGAAGGCAAGGUCGAAUGGGCACUUGUUCAGAGUGCUAAGCGAGGUCAUGCUGCGCUCGCCGCAGCAGCUGAAAUCGGCGACUUACAGUACGUACAAAAGCUUUUCAAGAACCGGCUUGAACUAGUUCCAAGGGACAUGUACGUCGCACUCCUCCUCUCCAUUGAGGGUGGUCACGAAGACAUUUUUGCUACACUUCUCGACGCCGGUGCUCACGUUCAGGUUAAGGAGCAUGUGUAUCUACAAGCAACGCCACUUUUCGCUGCAGCACGACAACGAAAUGCUAGCAUGGUACGCGCGAUAUUGGAUGCUGGCGACACACACAUGCCUGACGAUAUGCUCAGUUUCGGUGCGUAUGGUUCUUCACGAAUGUCGUGUGUCCUUCAUGAAAUCAUAGAAUGGGGCGAUCGAUCUAUAAUUCUAGAUUACCAUCGUGCCUUUCCAGGAGGCAAAGUAAUAUCCAUGGGCAAUAAAGGAAGCAGCAACUGGGUUAUGGACAAAGAUCUCCUCGCCUUCCUUGUGGACCACAAUAUGGUACAUAAAUCUGUCUUCACUGAACUUCUCAACAGUGCGAUUCGGGAAAGCGAUACUGCAAUGAUAUACUACUUGAUUGACUCGGGUGCGGACCCAUCCAACUCAGACAACCUCCGUGUUGCGAUAGAGAAUCCCUCACGGUCUGAUAUCCUUGUUAUUCUUCUGGAUCAUAUCCCGAGGCGAGCGAGAAGAGUUCCUAGCCUCGGAACUCAAGCCAUCAGGGAAGCUAUCAAGCUUGGCUUGUCUAGCCUCAAAAUGCUAGAUAUCCUACUUGCAUCAGAAGCCUUAGAUAUUCACUGCUGCAGCGACGUAGCUGGAAGUCGUUCAACAGAAAGUCCGCUUGGCACAGCUAUCAAGAUGGCCGAUGAGUUCGCGAGCGAUUUCAUCAUAGUGAGGCGUCUGCUGCAAGCGGGAUGUGACCCAAACAGCGUUGUCAUUGCAUAUCCCGACCACAAUCUAACUGCAGUGCUAGCUGCAGUUCAGACUAAAAGUGUUGGUCUGGUUAAACUCUUACUCGAUCACGGCGCCGAGGUAAAUGCCCCGGCGAUCAGAAGACUUUUCCGCACGCCUUUGCAAGCAGCCGCCGAAUCAGGUUGUCUGGAAGUCGUCCAGUUCCUGCUCGACAACCGUGCGGAUGUGAACGGCUUGCCCGCCAAACGAGGAGGCGGCACAGCUCUACAAUUCGCAGCCAUCAGUGGAAACUGCAACAUCGCAGUCGAACUCCUCAAACGAAACGCAAAUCCAUUGAUGCCGCCAUCAACCAUUCGAGGGCGGUGGCCUCUCGAGGGAGCUGCGGAACACUGCCGUACCGACAUGCUCGCCUUCCUCCUACGGCUCAACGUCUACGAUAACGAUCACUGCAGGCGAGCAGCGAAGCUUGCGAAAGAAAAUGGACAUAUGGGAUGUGUGGAUUUCAUACAAGAGCAUAUUUCGCAGCAUGAGGAGAUGCCACUGUUGGAUGCGUUUGAUAUGAGUGAAGAGUUUAAUUGGAUGGAAUGA